CAGAGAUCUAGUUGAUUAGAGCUUGAUCCGUUCGUGAACUAUUUAUAGCACUAGAAUGGAGUGUGAACCUGAAUAAUUCACAAUAGCAAUAGAGACACAGAAUUCACUAAAUUCCAGGAGAGAGAGAUCAGGAGAGAGAGAGAGAGAGGUCAGGAGAGAGAGAGAGAAAAGUUUGAAGAAAAUCCAACUAAUAUAAUAUAGAAAGGCUAGAGAGAGAUUGUGUCACAGACUAUCAACUCAUGUGAAGUCUAGAGAGAGAGAGAGAGAGAGAUCGAAAAGGGGGGAAAUGGAUGCAAGAAAAAUAGUGGUGAUUGUGGAAGACGUGGACGCGGCAAGAACCGCACUCCAGUGGGCUCUUCACAACCUCCUUCGCUAUGGCGACUUGAUAACUCUUCUUCACGUCUUCCCUUCCACAAGAUCAAGAAACAAGAACAAGCUCAGACUCCUCCGUCUCAGAGGCUUCCACUUGGCCCUCUCUUUCAAGGACAUAUGCACUACCGAUUUCCCAAACACGAUGAUCGAUAUUAUUGUCACGGAAGGCGAUCAAGACGGAGGCAAGAUUACUGCGACUGUUAGAGAGAUCGGCGCUUCCACUCUCGUCGUCGGACUUCAUGAUCAGAGCUUUCUCUACAAGUUGGCCAUGGCCCACAACAACAUUGCAGACAACUUCAAUUGCAAAGUUCUUGCCAUAAAACAACCAACACCAUUGACAGCAAGGACCAAUGUAGUAGUAGUAGACGGUUCAACCAACAUGGACUUCUCUCAGAUUGAAAUUGCCAAUUUAAGUUUCCCUGACACUCCUCCACCAAAAAUCCCAUACAGAAUCUGUCCAAACCCUAGAGCAAUUAUAUGGAGAUCAAGGCCAAGUAGAAAAGAUGGUUCUUGAAAGAAUGAAUGUAUAUGCUUAAUUGGGUUGACAUCAAAUGAUAGGAGUUGGGUCAACUUAUGAUACAAUGAUCUUUGGAGCCUGGAUUGGAUGUGGCAUUAGGCUUUAGCUUUGAAUUGGUCUUUCUCACACAACACACUUACACAUUGAUCUCAUGUAUUUAGCUGGUUAUACGGAGUAAAAUCAAAUUUCUGAUUUGAAAAGUGAUCUAUA